GACAGGAUUACUGUAUGUGGUAGUGUCUGGUUAAAACAAAAUGUAAGCGUCACAAGAUGAAUACUCCAAUGUACGAGCAAACCUGAAACCUCCUACAAAAAGAAGAACCAACGGAUCAUUUAGUGUUGCGUCUUCAAUAAAAAGAGGAUCAACGACUGACUAUGUUUUUCAUCGUGAUUCACUAUGUGUUGGUCGCCAUAAACGCCGCAAGCAGUGAGAUGCACUAUCUGAUGCACACCUGCACAGUCUUCUCCAAACCUGUGAACCUGACAGGCAUCCAUGAAUUCAUUGCUAUUGGUCUGCUGGAUGACAUAAUGAUCUACUACUAUGACAGCACCAUUCAAAAGACAAUUUUCAAACAGAAGUGGAUAAAGGAGAUACUCGAACAGGAAUACUGGGAUAAAGGUACAGAGUACGAGAAGUAAGAAGAGAAGCGAUUCAAAACCCUGAUCAGCCAAAAGACAUCAAGUCUCAAAGGCAUUCAUGUUCUUCAGUGGUUAUAUGGCUGUUUCGCUGAAGAGGAUGAAAAUGGUACCCUCCAGUUUAAGGGUGACCUAGACAUGUACAGUUAUGAUGGAAAUGUAAUCCAGGCUGGAGCACCCCCCCCUGUGAUAGUGCCUUAUGACAUGAAGGAGUGCAUGGACAAGAUUAAAACAUUCCUCAAUUAUUCAACAUCAGAGCUCAUAAAUGCCUCCAUUACCGAACCACCUGAUGUGUUCAUGUUUGCAACACGAGCUAAAGAAAAAACAAGCAUUGUGCUGACCUGCUUAGCCACAGGCUUUUAUCCAAAGAAUAUUACUAUGGAGAUCAAGAGAAACGGCCGUGUUCUAACAGCAGAUGAUGGGCUGCUUUCAACUGGCGUUCGCCCAAAUGACGAUGACACUCUACAAAGACGAGACCAUGUGGAGAUUCUGAGGACAGACUCUGCAAAUUACACUUGCAGAGUCAUCAAUAAAAAAUUUGGUAUAGAUGCUGAGAAGACCUGGGAUCGACAGCUUCCUUUAAAUGAUGAUAAAAGAGGAGCUAUUGCUGUUGGCGUUGCUGUUGGAGUCUUGUUUGUGUUUGUCCUAGUGGGGAUUGUGUGGUUCAAGAGAAAUCGAACUUCACGAAAAAAUCCUUCUGUUUCUUCAACUCCUGCCAUGAGUUCAGAAAAUAUUCCUUUGAUCAACCCCCCAGGAGCGGUGUCAUCCCCGAGGGGAAUUCCCAACCAAAGAACAUCAAACCCCUCAUUAAGAAGAUCAAUGCCGGACUUCACGGAGAAGACCAGCAAGAACGAGAAAUUUUAUUCCAGCAUUUAGCUGUCUAAAGAUUAGGGAAGUGUUAAGUUAAAGUGAAAACAGUAAAGAAAACAAACAUUUAAUGUUAGUUAAAAGUAAUUGUUUUAUUUUUUAACAUAUUUUUUAUUAUUGCAUACAUUUUUUAAAUUGCUGUCACAAAGUAUUUUAUAUAUUUGUUUAUAUGGCUAGUGUGUGUAAUGUUUAUAUGUGUAAUAUAUAUAUGUAUAUGUAUAUAUGUGGAUUUUUAUAUUACAUUAUUAUUUUUUUUAAUAUUUUUAUGCUGUACUACACAUUUAUAUUUUAUUAUUAACACAUUGAUGAAAGUAUUGUUACAUUAACCACAUGGAGCUCAAGACUAGUUCAAACCAGUCAGGGGAAGUUUUUUGGUACUCAUUAGUUCUUUUCCACUGGUAAACAAAGCCAUAAAUUACCUUGUUGGCGGGACAAGGGUCCGAGGCACUGACCAGUCAAGCUUUAAAUAUGGUGAGGAUGACCAUACAAAGGUGCUACGGUCCUGGGGGCUUUCCCCUUUUCUGACAGAACAUUGGCCUGGAGCCAAAUAAAGCCUGCCUUAAACAUUUAUAACCAAUCAUAUUUUACUAUCCUUUGUCUGUGCAUGUCCUGAGACCCAGAGAUGUCUGUACGAGUCUGAUCCAACUUUUAAUAAAUUGACAAAAUUCCAAUUGAGUCUUUUGAUCAUUUUCUUCCUCAUCAACGAACAUGCAGAGGUUAGUAGGGGCUACACUCAAUAUACAUAUACAUAUAUACAG